CAAAGAUCGCUCCGCGCGUCCCUGGCCCUUCCCGCUCUUUCCCUCAGAGGCACCAAGGCGUUCGGUUCUCGUCUACCUCCUCCACUCCAGCAGCUCACCAUGGGCAACCCUCAGGUCUUCUUCGACAUCACUGCCAAUGGGCGGCCCGUCGGCAGGAUUGUCAUGGAGCUGCGUGCUGAUGUUGUACCCAAGACUGCUGAGAACUUCCGUGCCCUGUGCACUGGGGAGAAGGGCUUCGGCUACAAGGGUUGCGCCUUCCAUCGUGUGAUCCCCAACUUCAUGUGUCAAGGUGGCGACUUCACUGCUGGCAAUGGCACAGGUGGGAAGUCCAUCUAUGGCUCAAAGUUUGCCGAUGAGAACUUCACCCUUCGUCACACUGGCCCUGGCAUUCUGUCCAUGGCCAAUGCUGGACCCAACACCAAUGGUUCCCAGUUCUUCCUGUGUACUGUCAAGACUGCCUGGCUGGAUGGCAAGCACGUUGUCUUCGGGAGUGUUGUUGAGGGCAUGGAUGUUGUUCGCCAGGUUGAGGGAUACGGUACACCUAAUGGCAGCACCUCCGCCAAGAUUGUUAUUGCCAACUCUGGCCAGUUGUAACAUUCCUACCACGCACUUGAAAGAACCAUAGCAGCAGUCAUUGCAUUGUUUAGUGUAGGAACAUGUAUGUUAACUUGAAUAAAGGUUAAUUUCAUAUUGCUUUAUGAGAUUCGUUUGCGUGAUUUCAUUGUAUUGAAUGUUGACGCCAGGCUGAUAUUCAGUGUUAGUCGUCUACUCACUUUUCAUCAAUAAAUCAUGAAGUUAA